AUGUUGUGCCCCACUCCACUCUCCCUUCUUUGUGCUCUUCUCCUUUACUUACCCCUUGCCAUUGUUUUCACCACCAUAAUCAUAAACCCCACUACCACCUAUAUCAAUGAAAACCCACAAAUUAUUAUUCAACCUAGGCCCCAUAAUAGCACCAAACCCCCCUCUAUACCACCAAAUGAUGACGACGACGAGCCACUCUUCAAGGCUGCCUCACAAGUGAACCCAAAGCCCUCUUCAUUUCAACCAAAAAAGCUAGCUUUCAUGUUCAUAACCAAUACACCUUUCCCAUUUUCACCACUUUGGGAACUGUAUUUUAACCAAACCACCCUUUUCAAUAUCUAUAUCCACGCUGACCCAACACGUCGCUAUGACCCACCAUUCUCAAGUGUCUUCACUAACUGAGUCAUACCCUCCAAACCCACCAGUCGAUACUCCCCAACUCUCAUCUCGGCGACGCGUCGAUUACUCGCUCAUGCACUUCUCGACGACCCAUCAAACUCCAUGUUCAUCCUCCUUUCCCCAUCACGCAUACCCAUCCACUCCUUCAACUUCACGUACAAAACCUUAAUAAAUUCUGACAAAAGCUUCAUCGAGAUUCUCAACAAUGAGGUUGGUGCCUAUGACAGGUGGGCGGCACGUGGGAACAACACUAUGCUUCCGAAGGUGAGGCUGGAGGAUUUUCGGAUUGGGUCCCAGUUUUGGGUGUUGACACGUAAGCAUGCCAGGAUCGUUGUGAGUGACCGUAGGCUUUGGUCUAAGUUCAAGCUGCCGUGCGUGUGUAUUUACAUGUGUUUCCUUGAGGAAAAUUACUUUUCUACCCUUCUUAACGUGAGGGACCCACUAGGGUGUGUGCCAGCGACACUCACACAUGUGGACUGGAGGGGCAGCGUCUAUGGCCACCCUCAGACCUAUAAGGCGAGUGAGGUGGGACCACAGUUGAUCUUAUCAUUAAGAAGACAAAGGCCUAGGUAUGGUCACGAUGGAAUGAACGUUUCUGAUUUGUCUGUCACAAAAUGA